GUAAACAAACAAACGUCAGUGAACAAACCGAGCAAACAAAAACAAAAUUUCAAAACUCCAAAACAUUUUUGUGCAAUGUUCGUCUUUUUCGUUGGGCUAAAUCGUGAAAUGCGUUAAAAUAAUCGGAGUGCUGCUAGUUCCACAGCAGAAAACAGUUCCGAAGAAGGAUGGCGGAUUCUUCAGCGCCGACAUCGAUGGAUUUUCGCACUUUCGUCAGGGAUCUGAAUCAGUCAGCUCACAUCGAUUAUGGCAGCAGCGGCGGUGGGAGCCGAAUCUGUUGCCCGGCCGAAUCGAGGCUAUCGCAGGAGUUCGAGAAUAAUAUGCAGCACCUAUUGUCCAAUUUUGAUCUGGGCGAUCAGAAGGACGUUCCAAUGGCAGCGGUUUCAGAGAUUCCCGCCGCCCCUCGCGAAGUGGAAUUGUUGGAAACAGACCAUCCAGUAAAUGACAGUGCCUUCCCAGUGGACAUAAGCAGUCACAACGAAUCUCUAGAAACGACGUUAGAUAAUGAGGACGAUCCGCUGGAGCUGACUGGUGACGAUGAUAGCGAAGACGCUGGCGACGGUGCAAGUUCGGACGAACAACAGCAAUCGCGCUCGCUCUCCCUGUCGUACUCACUGUCCAUUUCACACGCCCAGGAGAAUUAUUCCCAGUACUCGCAGAGCACUGAUAAAGGGCUCUCGAAGCGAUACGAUUCGCCUUGUUCCUACGAAGACGACCGGGAGUCGGAAUGUACCAAUUUCGAUAAGCUGGACGAUUGGAACGACUUUAUCGCAGAUAUGCAGAACAACAAUAACAACAACGGAGAUCCUGCCAGUCGCGAUUUUAGGGAGUAUUACGAUGAGUAUCUAAAUUCGAAAGGUUUGAAAGGAAGCGACGAUGGAGAAGAUUCAACAGACGGGUGCAACAUAAAAGUUAACUCAAGUUCGGAAACGACCGGCACAGAUAAGGACACUUCGUCAAAUUCCUUGGAGGACGAAUGGGAUAAUCGUUCAACUCCGGCUGAUAGAUCUACAAUGGACAAAUCUACUUCGUUUAUGGAAUACCGCAAUCCACCCCUCGAUGUGGAAGAUGAUCCAAUGGACACUGAGGGCAACUCAAGUGCAACCACCGGAGUCCCAAUUCAGCGGGUGCCUUCCGGCAAACGUAAAUUCUGUUAUGAUGAUCUGGAUGAUAUCGAAUACGAGGUUACCGAAGUUAUCACGGAGAAAUUCCGGAAAACGGAUGAAGUGCCCUUCUAUGGCUGCCAUGAACCGAUUUCUCUCAUCGACGAUGAACUAUUUGCUCAAAUGGUUCGUAUAGAAUCUUCCAGCAGUAAGACGCCCAUUCCGGAAGAAAACAGUGAGUACGGAACAAGCAGUAACGAGAUUUCAAUAUAUGACAAACGUGUUGACGACGAAGGGAAUCUAGAUGAAGGUGAAUCCAAUAUCGCAACGACUCCCACGAAUGCCAAGAAUCUCGAACAAAUGUUUCAAACGUUUGAAAGUGCUCCUCGCAAUAGCUCGACGAAAAGUGUCAACAACCAAAGACUCCAGCACAAAGUGCUGUCCCGAAACAGUGCAAUCGAACCCAGUUCUUCCCCUUUUCAUCACUUUGACCGAUCUUUCAUAGCCAAGGUUGUUGAUUCCAAUGGCGAUUGAUCGGUCAAAAAAUGAAUAUGAUCUUUAUUUAGUAUGAUCUCUAUAUGCUAGUGUGUUUAUUUGUGGGAAGUUUGUUUUCGCAUGUGGAUAUCAGUAUUUUAUUUCAUGGAAUCGUAUCUAGUCAGUAAACUGGCGACAACUUAACCAAAAACAGACAUCAAACAUCGCUGUAAGCUGAUAUCACCAAAGGCAAACAGAACGUCACGAAUGUAGGGAUAGAUUUUGUACGGGAAUUUCAAAUCUUGCUCAAGCGAUUUUUGUCUAAUAUUGUUUUGUUUCGAAAUUGAUAGUUAGUACUAAGAAUUGUUAUUUUUUUUGGUUUUCUGUGCGAGAAAAAUGGAGUUUGUGUAACUCAUCGAUAGACGUAAGCAAUCCUCACAUGUACCUAGUGAAACCUGGUAGGCCAGUCAAUAGAUCUAUUCUGAUACCUAAUAGAUUUGCAGUGCAAAAUUCAGAUAUUAAAGGAAAAUUUAACUAAUAGACUUAUUCAGAUUUACCUUGAAGACUUAGUGAAAUAUAUUAACUAUGUGAAUGGUA